CGCUCAUGCUGAUCGACAAAUCUAAUGAUAUCAUGCAGCACUUCAAUUCGGUGAUUUUGCCGAUUUGCGCCAUGCUACACUUGGGGGCAUAUUACCAGCCUGCCGCCCACGGCCAUGUUCCGGGGAAGCAACAACAGCCAAUGGAACGAAGAGGAGCCAUCUCGGGUAUCGCUACUUAUUCGCUGCCCAGCUGUACAGGUCCGAGAGACCGUAUUGCAAGCCUCCGCAGCUCCGCUGCGACUCCGGCCAAUAAUCGAUCUACUGUAAACCUCGCCUACGCAGAAGGGUGAAGGAUUCCUACAUCUCAUGCGUGAGCUUAUGCCUACCUGAUACUUAGAGGACCCUCUCAUGCCUCCUUCGGAUCGAACAUCUACCACACUCCCGGUACCCUACACCUCUGAAGCUGAAAUCCAUCCCCUAAAAGAUGGUGCCUAAUGUUGGCGUCGGGACUGAAGGCCCUGUGCAGCGCGGAUGGGGUUUGUGGCUCACAUCAGUGCUCGCGGUUGUGAUUGCAGCUAUCUUUGUGGCCGCACGCUUAACGCAGAGACUGAUCAAACGAAGCGGCCUGGGAAUGGACGACUAUAUGAUCAUCGCGGCUCUACUCUCUUCAGGCCUUUUGUCUCUAACAGAGUGUCAAGCCGUUGUGUAUGGCUACGGAAGGCACUGGAACACGCUCAGCCCAGACACUCGCAUGACCGCACGCAAGUGGUUCUAUGGCGCCCAUAUCGUGUACAAGGUCGUCCUCAUGUUCAACAAGAUCUCCAUCGCAUGCCUCUAUUAUCGAAUUUUUGCCGUCUCUAGUAGCUCGUUUCGGGUUGCCUGCCAUGUCAUGAACGUCUGGAUUAUUACGUCAAGUCUCGCAUUCAUUGUUGCAACAAUCUUCCAAUGCACGCCUGUAUCUGCAUUCUGGGACCGGAGCAUACCCUUUAAAUGUUUCAAGAAUGAGCCGUGGUGGAUAUCGUAUGCCAGCACCCAGAUCUCGACCGACUUUGCAUUACUUCUAAUGCCCCUACCCGUUAUACGAAAGCUCUCAAUGGGCCGUACAGAAAAACUUGGUAUCUGCCUGGUUUUCGGUACUGGUGUUUUCGUCACUUUCGCGUCUAUCUACCGCGCGACUACAAUUGCAGCUUCUGCAAGCGAUCCCGAUCCUACCUGGGGCCCCGUUCCAGCCACUAUCUGGUCUGUCAUCGAGGCCAAUGCCGGCAUCGUUUGCGCUUGCCUGCCAAUGCUUCGUAGCCCCUUCGUCCGGCUGUUUGGGCCUGUCUUUGGCCGCUCACGAAAAGACACGUCGAAAGCAGAUGGAUCUAUUCAUCUCACAUGGCGUAGUGACAAGCCACAUGCAUCAGCUGCAGUGUCCAGUCGCAGAAAAGGUGCCGACGAUACCAUCAUGGAUCCUGAACGCGACAGCGAAGAGGGUAUUGUGACCAGCGGACACGGCGCUCCCAUCCAUAACAGAGAAACUAGAGUCAAGGUGCGCGGUCGCAGUCCAAGCGGCAUCUUUGUCCGAAAAGAGUUCAGCGUAGACGACGACAUAGCAAAGACGCAAAUUGACGGCGACCAGAGUACUGUUGGGAGUGUCAGCGAAGACAGAUCCCAUGGGAAAGCGCCUUACUCUCACAUCUGAGCCUCAUAUAUUUAAGGAGAAUUAGGGCGUGGUUUGCAGAUGCGAUGAUAUUACGGUUUCGACGACGGAUUGCUUUUAUAGACA